UCCUUCAUCAUUUCCUGACUAAAUAUUGCGCGUCGGGAGUGCCUGCAUAACCGCAUGAAGAACUGGCUAUACCUUCAAUAAACGUCGUUGAACCUCGAAAGAUUUACUCUACCAAGUCAACAUAAAGAGCUGAUCAUGUUUGCGCUAUGGGUUUUGCGCAGCCUCGUCGCAAUUUAUUCCAUUGAAGCGCUUGCGUCAAUUACGUGUGCCGAAUCCCAUUUGAAAAGUGGUAAAAACGCAUUUUUAACGCCGCUAAUAUCAAAGUUAACCUGUGAAACAUUUCAUGCAAGUUGUAAAUUAAACAACGGCACACAGCAUGACUGCGGGGUAUGUGCCAAUGAUUCGAGUCGUCCCUCUUGGAAGUCAUUAGUAUACCCAAAAGGAUCAGCCGAACAACAUGUGGAUAUUGUCAUCAAUCUGGAACAGGCGACGUAUCUCAACAAAAUUACUCUGAACACUGCAUUCACUCCUUUACCUUCAUUUUGGGCAAUUGAGAAAUAUUCAAGCGAUGAAACUCGCUACAGAACCUUGGCAGUGUUUGUGUCCGAUGUCUUUGAAUCAGUUUGCGACGAAGGUUUUAAUGAAACGUCUGAAUACCAAUGCAUUGUACAGCAACCUAUCAAGACUGGAUCAAGUCAUAAAGUCGUGGUACCUUUCCUCUCUGGCAGAGUGAACAUCAAGAAACUGCGUUUGAGAUUUUUCAGGCUACCAAAGUCAAAUACUCCUCAUGAAUUUGAGAGAUUUUACUCAAUUAAGGAGAUCACUAUUGAAGGAUUUCAAGUCCAUGGUGAUCACAAGAUUUCGUUACGAUCGAAAAGACAAGCUUGUAUUUGCUCGAGAUACGGUACAUCUGGCUUCGUUUGUAACCCUCUCAACGGUAACUGUCCAUGCAAGAGAGGCUAUAGUAGUAAACGGUGUACCAAGUGCUCCAAAGGGUACUACAAUUAUCCCAGAUGUACCAGAUGUGAAUGCUCGACGCUUGGGGCUAUCUCGCCAACGAGUUGCAGGCGCAGGGGAGGUCAGUGUCGUUGUAGACCAUUAAUCACUGGAAGAAAAUGCGACAAGUGUCAAAAGGGUUAUUACGGCUUUCCGAAGUGCAAAUGGUGUAACUGCCAUGUGAGACAUACGACUUCUGAGGGAUGUGAUUCGACCGGAAAGUGCUUAUGUAAAGAAAAUUAUGAUGGCGUGGGGUGCGGCGAAUGCAAGCUGGGAUACGUCAAUUAUCCUACAUGUACAAAACUAACAUGCACAUGUCCCUUGGCUGGCUCUACGAAAAUUGCAUGUAACGCCGCUGGCCGCUGUGACUGUAAGGAGGGUUAUAUUGGCUGGAAGUGUGACCGCUGCAAGUCUGGUUUUUAUGGUUAUCCCAACUGCAAAGCCUGCGAAUGUCACAACAAAGGUUCGUCGUCGUCUUCAAGAUGUAACUACAUCACCGGUCAAUGCAGUUGUGUGCAAAAUGUUGGAGGUCGAAAGUGCGAUCGUUGCGUGUCAGGAUACUUCGGAUUUCCCCGCUGUCGGCCGUGUGUUUGUAAUCCGAUUGGUACUUUGACAAAUAUAACGAGGAAUGUUUGCGCCUCUGGCAACGAUGAGUUUCAAUGUGUUUGCAAGAAAAACGUUGGAGGUGAAACAUGCAACCGAUGCAAGGAUCUCUACUACGAUUUCUCUCCACGUAACAGGCUUGGCUGUAGGUCAUGCGGGUGCUUUAAGAGCGCCACGAUUGGUGGCCUUGAAUCAUGUGAUGACAGACUUGGAAAAUGCUCGUGCAAGCCAUUCAUGCAGGGAACAAAAUGCUACGAAUGCAAGCGAGGUUAUCACUCGUUUCAGUCGUUAAAUAUCUUUGGAUGUCAAGCAUGUCAAUGCAAUCCUGGUGGAUCAUUGUAUGGAAACUGUGACAAACGGAAUGGCAAGUGUCGAUGUCGUCAGCACAUCACUGGUGAACAAUGCGACAGGUUGGAGAGUCGAACUGUAUACUUCCCUUCCUUGCAUCACAUAAAGUUUGAAGUGGAGAAUGGCAUUGCUUCAAAUGGUAAACCUGUGAAGUAUGAAUUUGAUUCUAAUAUUUUCCCUUCGUAUUCGUGGAAAGGAUACGUGAAAUUUUCACCGGAACAGUCUGGUGUCGUGCUCACGGUUCAAAUUCCUCGGCGUAGUCUUUAUCGCAUCCUAUUUCGUUGUAUAUUCGAACCCGUUGGCUAUCCAUGGACGACUGACGUCAGAUUUACUGUCAGUCCGACUGAAGGCGUUGCAGGCUUCGCUCGAAGCUUCUCCAUGACGAUGUCCUCGACAAGAAACGAGAACAGAGAACGCAGUGCUUUACUUUCUGUGUCAAAGAGCAAUGUACCGUACGAGGUACUCAUGUUUAAAGGAGCCUGGAAGCUGACCAUUUUCUGCGAAAGCAAGUACUUUUACAUGGAUAGCGUUGUUUUUCUACCAGAAGAAUACUACACCGGGCGAAUAUUGAAAACAGAGCGUUUCGAACCGUGUGCUGUCAACAGUUCGAGAGACAGGAUUUGUGAUAUGUAUAGUUAUCCGGAAGUUUCCGAUAAAAAUGCAGUGAAACAUGAAGCCGAAAAUGGUUAUUUUGCGAAAGAGGCCUGGGGACAAACCGAUAAACUGGGCUUGAAGUAUUACAGCAGUACCAAAGUGUUGAACGAAGUGCGUGGCAAUCGGCUGGUUUUAAUGAAUCAUGAGCAGCAUCGUUUCUCCAUUGACAUUACAAUCCCAUCAUCUGGUUUCUACGCCUUCAUCAUUCAUUACAUUAGUAAUGGGAACAGUCAUCACAAGAUUGAUAUUUACAUUCAUCGUGACUUUGGCGCCAUAUAUAUUGUUCCUUGUAAAUACCGCUUUGGUUGUCGUCAAGUUGCAAUGAAAGCCGACGCUAAGGUCGUGAAAUUCUUUGAUCUCGAUAAAGGGCGAACUCCAGUUAAGCUGUUUACAUCAAGAGAGGCGCAUGUUGCUGUCGAUUACGUAUCAGCAAUACCGAGAAGCUCGUGGCAUCCAGGCUACAUCAAACCUGCUUUCUUAUGCCGAUCUUUGCAACAUCAAUGUACUCAAUCAACGUACGAAAGACCAACGACGUUUGAACAGCAUCGAACGAUGUCAAAAUCUGUUGUACAAAGGGUAGGCAGUGUUUCUGGGAGCAGGGAAAAGGAUGCAUUGGUUCAAUUCAGAGAAUUCUUCAACAGAAAACUUGACAAUUUUGUCAUCAUCAUUCAAUAUCAGCAAACUAAGAACAUCGCAGUCAUUGGUCGGAUUUCAAUAACAACUUUUAGUACAGAGUUGCGCGGUGUUGCUGAAUUCAAAUAUUGUCCAAAUACCGAGUUUUGUCGUAUUGAAGUUAAAUCUAGUGAUGGAAGAGGUUAUUUUCGUAUAAGACAGGGAACGACUCGAAUUCAAGUUCGUUAUCCAUUAGCAAGCCAAGUGAAACUGUCGUGGGUCUACAGAAUACCUUUGGCGAGCUAUUCCAAUAGAGUUUUAUCAUUCACUCCUGCUGACGGUUCAAACACCUGGGUAGAGAGAUGCAGUCGCAACAAUUACCUAAUUGAUCCCAGUGAAGCGAACUAUUGCCGCAAUACGAGUUUUGCACUUGUUACCAGUUUCAAUAAUGGCGCGUUCCGUUGUCGAUGCAGCUUCUUUGGAGCUUCGUCUCCCUACUGUAACAAGAUUCACGGGCAGUGCACCUGUCGUAGACCUAAUAUAAUCGGGCGGCAGUGCACCGAAUGUCGUUCGGGAUACUAUGGAUUUCCAUACUGUCGAGCAUGUACCUGUGAUCCUCGAGGAGUUGAACGUGUUAACUGUGAUCGUCGUGGAAGAUGUAAAUGUAAACCGAACUUCUCCGGUCGAAGCUGCAAUCGCUGUAAAUCUGGGUACUUCAUGUUUCCCACUUGUAAACCGUGUAAUUGCGACAUACAAGGCUCACUGAGCAUGUUCUGUGGCUCAACCUCUGGACAAUGUCAAUGUCGGAGAGCCUAUGGUGGGAAAAAGUGCGACAGAUGUCGAGUUGGAUUCUUUGGUUUUCCUGAAUGCAAAGAAUGUAACUGUGAUGUUUCUGGUAUAAAACCUGUCGAGGGGUCAGUCUCGGGAUGCAAUUCCACGCAAGCGAUCGUAUGUAAAUGCAAAGAAAACGUCCGCGGUGAAUACUGUGACACUUGUAAAGAUUUCUAUUACAAUCUACGCUUCAGCAAUCCAAAAGGUUGUCAGAAAUGCUCGUGUAGCGAUCUCGGUACGAACAGUAAACUUAAGAAUUGCGAUAAAGUCUCUGGACAGUGCUCGUGUAAGCCACGCGUGGCGCGUCUCUCGUGUUCAGUAUGUAAAGAUGGUUCAACUUCCUUAAGAGAUUACAGUGUAUUUGGUUGCAAAGGCUGUGGUUGUAACUACGGUGGCUCAUUGGACAAUAUAUGUGACAAGAACACUGGGAAUUGCUCCUGCAAAAGCAAUGUUGGUGGGAAAAAAUGUGAUCAAUUAAAAUCAAGUAGGUACUACGAGCGAGACUUGCACCACAUCCGUGCCGAGUUCGAGGAUGGGAUAACGGACUCAUCGCGGCCAUUGCGUUUUCGCUACAACCAAUCAGAAUUCCCAGAUUUCUUCGGUCGUGGUUAUGUUCCCACGCUGAACAACCAGAACUCGUUCGAUAUAAUCGUAGCCAUUCCUAGACCGACCAAAUAUCGUCUUUUGAUUCGAUAUUCUUUGGAUUCCUACUGGUCAACCCGUGGUCAGGUGACAAUCUCACCGACGCGAAAUGUUGAUGCUCUGCCUCAAGGCUACAAGAGCGUUGUAGUCGUCUCGCUGCAAUUCAAACCCACGUCAACGCGACGGAAAGUCUACGCCGAAUUUCUGACUGUGAAGGAAGGCGCCCGUGAGACAGAGUUUUUCCUUAGUCGAGGAAAAUGGCGAAUCUCCUUGUUUGUAGCACCGUCAAAAUUGCUUCUGGAUUACCUUGUCAUGCUUCCGGAGGACUAUUACAAGGCGACGCAUGUAAGACGUCGUGUCGAAGAGCCGUGCGUCGUCAAUACGCAAACAGAGUUCUGUGUUGACUAUAAGUAUUUGUCCGUCGUGCGAGCCGAUGCGGUUACUGUACGUGCUAAAAUGGGAGUAUUGUCUGGUGCUCCUAGCAUACUUCCCUAUACACCAUUUACCAGUUAUCACGUUCUAAACAACAGGAACCAGUUGUAUCUACCGCUGCCUACGACGAAGUAUGGUUCUUAUGUUUUGAUGGUAACCUACUACCAGGAAACAAAAGCUGUCAGCAGUUUGUUCAUUGAUGUAAGGGCUGGGUUCGGUCACCAAGUUGGUCAAAUACGAACAUUUUAUUGCAAAUACACGUUUGGAUGUCGUCAGGUUGCUACAGACUACCAGAACAAAGUGAAAGCCUUCGGUCUUUUAUCGAACUCGAAGAACCAUUUGACUAUUAGUGCAAAUACCGUGGUUUCGUUGGAAUCCGUGAUCAUUAUCCCGAUAAAGAAAUGGAGCAUGGAGUACAUUCAGCCUGGGGAAUACUGCGUUAAAUCAAACGGUACUUGCUUAUUGACUACUUAUCCCAUUCCUAGCAGAGCCAUUAAGGUGGAAGCGGAGACUAGUGGCGGUGGGAUGCGACCGAGUUUGGCACUCGAUUCCUCAGUUCGAGCUGCUUAUCUUGCUGGAGACGGAGUACGUAAAUUAUCUUCGCCGGUAUCCCUUCGUAUUAGGAGUACGAUUGCUCCAGGCCGUUACAUAGUCAUCGUGCAUUAUUAUCAGCCGUCCUACGGUGAUUACAAAGGAAAGAUCAUUCUCGAGAGUGGUCGCGUCACAGCUUUAUACCUCAAGUUCCAACAUUGCCCGAACGUGGGCGGUUGCCGAGCGCUUGCCCGAGAUAAAACUACCGACAUGCCUCGAUCGCUGUACAUCAGCGCGAAUUUAGAUAUCACUAUUUUGAAUAAAGAUGCUCCCGAUAGAGAAGUGUGGAUUGACUAUGUUCUGUUUGUGCCAAACCGUCAUUUUACAAACGACAUGGAAAAACAACUGCCGGUAAACUUGGCAACGAGGUUCAUCAAACAAUGUGGCAGGAACCAUCUCGUCAUCAACAGCUCCGACGAGUUUUGUAAGCAGUCCGUAUUCAAAAUGACAACGAUGUUCAAUGGCGAUUUGGCUGCGUGUGAUUGCAACGGGCGCGGCUCGAUGUCGUCCUCAUGUGAGCAAUUUGGUGGGCAAUGCACGUGCAAAGCCAAUAUUGUCGGACGAAAAUGCGACAAAUGUAGAGGUGGUUACACUGGCUUCCCGAACUGCAGGCGUAGAUAAGGAUCUUGACAAACCUUGCAGCAAAGAAAGUCACUUUACAGAAAUUUUCAUAGCAAAGUUUUCUGCUACAUGGCCAAAAUGCUAGCUGUAUGCAUUCCGACAAUACCACAGACUUCCAAUUUCAUGUAUAUACAGUCCAAUACAUAUAUAUAUAUAUAAUUUAUAGUUUGAUUAUUUUAACAAGUAUUUUUGCUGAUUUCGAUCCUUUAUAUAAUACUUUUUACUUACUAGUUUUUACACACUUUCAUUUCAUGCAGCAUUACCCAAAGUAUUCCACUUGGAAUGUGUUUCUGGGUGCACUCUGUUAAGUACAAUAGUUGUUUUUAAUAAGAGUUUUUCCUAGUGAAACUUGAACUUAUUGAUGCAUAGCGCAACACUUUCAAAACACUUGGAGUAAAAGAGUGUAAUACUGCCAUUGUUUUGCAUAUAUCUCCUUGAUGUGUUCUUUCAGCGACUGUUUGCUUGAUAAAAACAGACAAACAGCAACUGAAAGAAGACAUCGUAGAAAUUAAACUUUAUAUUUGUUCA